AUGUCCUCCACGUCGUCUCCUCCAUUCUCUGCUGUCACUACUCCUCACAAGCACCAACUCCAUGCCCUGAAGGCCCACAUCAUAAUCCACAUGCUUGUACUCAGCACCGUCGUUUUCCUUGUCAUGCAGCUCAUAUCGCACACAGCUGCCAUAGGAGAUAUCGGGUCUUAUGUAAUGCCGUGGGCUUGGGAAGAGGCGUUCCUUGGACAAUUGUUCGAUAACACAGAUAUGUUCAGGUGGAUAGCUGUCUAUCUGUUUGUAUCGCUCGAUGGGUUGCAUGCACUGUUAUGCAUAGGGUGGUAUGCUGACCAGUUACACCCGGUACGAAGGAGAAGGGAUGUGGGGAGGAGGCGCAGGGCUACCAAAACAUGGUUGAAAAGUACACAGCAGAACAUUGAAGCAUGGCGGCAACGACAUCUUGGAUCGUUUGGAACAAGAAGUGGGAAAGAAGAUCCGCGAAAACCCACACACGAUACGGAACGCCGUUCAGCGACACCACAGCAUGUACCCAAAAACCGCACAUCUGUGAACUGGAUAGAGAGCUUGGACAACACGCCAUCACCACCUUGUCCCCUCGAUCCACACACAUACCAUCCCCUCCUACGUCCAACCUAUACAUCCCUAACCCGCCAUAUCCUCCUUGCCGUUUGGGAUGUAAUCGUGCUCUUGACCGUCACUUUUCAUGUCUACACUUAUGCGGCAAAUAUUCGCCCCAGCUUCGCUUUUUGCGAUGAGCACGAUCACCCUCUCUGGCAUUUCUAUGACCAGCCAGCUACAUUGCAGCAGCGCUGUACCCGCAUCAAUUGGCGUAUACACAGCGCUGGGGGUUGUUCGGCAACUGGCGCAGUGAUACUCGCUUUGUGGCAUUUCUGCGCACUCAUGAGCAGGAUAUGGGCCGUUCUAGACGAGAGACUUUUGAGAAGGCUGGAGGAGAAGACAUUGAAGGAUUUCAAAUCCAAGUUACGUGCGAAAAGGGAAGGUGAUAAUGAUGUGGAUUUUGGUAUGGCGGGUUGGCAAUGUCCACCAAGAGAUGUGGACGUAAGGUCAAGGUCGGCUAGGAGAAGUGUUGAGUCAGAGACUUUGACUGGAACAGAAGUGACAUCGAGGCAUCUACCCACUGUGAGCCAAGAGGAGUUGGGGAUUGGGUUAGGGCGGAGAAGAAUGUGGGGAAGGGAAAGAAACAAUGAUACAAGUAGCAAUAGUGGUAGAGACAAAGAUAUGGGGAGUAGCAAGUGGAGCUGGAGGAGUGAGGGAUUUCUAGAAUGUUUGGUUUGA